AUGGCUCUGGUGCUGCAGCUCCGCUCCGUCUCCGGCCUCCGCGGCAAAGGCGACCGCAUCGCCAAGGCGGCGUUCCGAGGACUUUCCUUCUACACCCGAGUGUUGGAAAACUGCGAGGACGAGGCCAAGUUUGACGAGACUUUCCGCUGGCCGGUGGCGACCAACAUCGACGGGAAUGAGAUCCUGGAGAUCCAAGUGUUCAACUACAGCAAGGUCUUCACCAACCGGCUCAUCGGGACGUUCCGGAUGGUCCUGCAGAAGGUGGUGGCGGAAGGGCAGCUGGAGGUGACGGACACGCUCAUCGAUGACAACAAUUCCGCCAUCCAGACCAGCAUCUCCAUCGAGAUCCGCUACCAGGCUCUGGAUGGGACGGUGGGCACCUGGAAUGACAAGGAAUUCCUGGAGACGCCCAGCGUGCACUUGGAGGGCGAUGGGAGGUAUUCCUUGGAGACCGACAGCCUCCUGUCCGGCCACCGGCACGGCUCCGACGUCUCUCCCGGGAAAUCCAACCAGCAAUCCACGGAGAGGAGCUUCAGGAGAGCUGGAAAAGGAGUUUUUUCAGCCAUGAAGCUUGGAAAGACACGUCCGUCCAAGGAUGAGCAUCGGAAACAAGAUGAUCCGGCUGUUCUGGAAACAGAAGACCUGGAUAGAAAGGCCAUGAGAUACGGAGCAGGCCUGGAGCCGGACACCAUCUCCCUGGCCUCUGUCACCGCUGUCACCACCAAUGUCUCCAACAAAAGGUCCAAGCCUGACAUCAGGAUGGAGCCGAGUGCCGGGAGGCCCAUGGAUUACCAGGUCAGCAUCACCAUCAUCGAGGCCCGGCAGCUCGUGGGGCUCAACAUGGACCCCGUGGUGUGCGUGGAGGUGGGGGAGGAGAAGAAAUACACGUCCAUGAAGGAAUCCACCAAUUGUCCUUACUACAAUGAGUAUUUCGUCUUCGAUUUCCACGUCCCCCCCGAUGUCAUGUUCGACAAGAUCAUCAAGCUCUCCGUGAUCCACUCCAAAAACCUCCUGAGGAGCGGGACGUUGGUGGGGUCCUUCAAGAUGGAUGUUGGGACUGUUUAUACCCAGCCUGAGCACCAGUUCUACCACAAAUGGGCCAUCCUGUCCGACCCCGAGGACCUCACGGCCAGCCUCAAGGGCUACCUCAAGUGUGACAUCGCCGUGGUGGGCAAAGGGGACAACAUCAAGACCCCGCACAAGGCCAACGAGACGGAGGAGGAUGACAUCGAAGGGAACCUGCUGCUCCCAGACGGGGUGCCCCCGGAGCGGCAGUGGGCUCGGUUCUACGUCAAGAUCUACCGCGCCGAGGGGCUGCCGCGCAUGAACACCAGCAUCAUGGCCAACGUCAAGAAGGCCCUCAUCGGGGAGAACAAGGACCUGGUGGACCCCUACGUGCAGGUGGCCUUCGCGGGGCAGAAGGGAAAGACUUCCAUACAGAAGAGCAGCUACGAGCCCCUCUGGAACGAGCAGAUCGUCUUCACAGAGAUGUUUCCCCCGCUGUGCAAACGGAUCAAGGUCCAGAUCCGGGACUCGGACAAGGUCAAUGACGUGGCCAUCGGGACCCAUUUCAUCGAUCUGAGGAAGGUCUCCAACGAAGGGGACAAAGGUUUCCUGCCCACCUUCGGGCCCGCCUGGGUGAACAUGUACGGCUCCACGCGGAACUACACCCUCAUGGACGAGCACCAGGAGCUCAACGAGGGCCUGGGCGAGGGCGUCUCCUUCCGUGCCCGGCUCCUGCUGGGCCUGGCCGUGGAGAUCCUGGACACCACCAACCCCGAGAUCAACAGCUCCACUGAGGUGCAGGUGGAGCAGGCCACGGCGGUGGCUGACAACUGCAGCGGGAAGAUGGAGGAAUUCUUCCUCUUCGGAGCCUUCCUGGAGGCCACCAUGAUCGACAGGAAGAUUGGGGACAAGCCCAUUAACUUUGAGGUCACCAUAGGUAACUAUGGCAACCAGGUGGAUGGCUCCAGCAGACCCCUCCUGCGGAGGAAGAAAGAUGGAGGGGAUGGGGACGAGGAGGAGUCGGAGCUGCUCCAGAAUUCCAGCGAGGAUGAAGGUGGCGAGGAUGGAGAGCUGGUUUCCGUUUCUUCAUCCCAGCCCAUGAAGCCUCUGGUCACGGACAGGAAUUACUUCCACCUGCCCUACCUGGAGAAGAAGCCCUGCAUCUACAUCCGGAGCUGGUGGCAGGACCAGCGGCGCCGGCUCUACAACGCCAACAUCAUGGACAAGAUCGCGGACAAGCUGGAGGAGGGCCUCAACGACGUGCAGGAGAUGAUCAAGACGGAGAAGCCGCACCCGGAGCGCCGUCUCCGAGGGGUCCUGGAGGAGCUGAGCAGCGGCUGCCUGCGCUUCCUGACCUUGGCUGACAAGGACCAGCACCACUCGUCCCGCACGAGGCUGGACCGGGAGAGGCUCAAAUCCUGCAUGCGGGAGCUGGAGAACAUGGCCCAGCAGGCCACGGCCCUGCGCUCCCAGGUCAAGAGGAACACCAUGAAGGACAAGCUGAAGCUGGUGCAGAACUUCCUGCAGAAGCUGCGGUUCCUGGCGGACGAGCCCCAGCACACGAUUCCCGACGUUUUCAUCUGGAUGAUGAGCAACAACAAGCGCAUCGCCUACGCCCGCAUCCCUUCCAAGGACAUCCUGUACUCCAUCGUGGACGAGGAGAUGGGAAAGGACUGCGCCAAAGUGAAGACGGUUUUCCUCAAGCUCCCCGGGAAGAGGGGCUUCGGCCCUGCUGGCUGGACAGUCCAGGCCAAGAUGGAGAUCUACCUGUGGCUGGGCCUCAACAAGCAGCGCAAGGACUUCCUGAGCGGCCUCCCCUGUGGGUUCGAGGAGAAGAAAAUCCCCCGAGGCCAAAACCUGCCCUCCUUCCCACCCAUCAGCCUCCUGUACACCAAGAAACAGGUGUUCCAGCUGCGAGCCCACAUGUACCAAGCCAGGAGCCUGUUCGCAGCCGACAGCAGCGGGCUCUCGGAUCCCUUCGCCCGGGUCUUCUUCAUCUCCCAGAGCCAGUGCACCGAGGUUCUCAACGAGACCCUUUGCCCGACCUGGGACCAGCUCCUGGUGUUCGACAACGUGGAGCUGUACGGGGAAGCUCACGAGAUGCGGGACGACCCCCCCAUCAUCGUCAUCGAGAUCUACGACCAGGACACUGUGGGAAAAGCCGACUUCAUGGGCCGGACAUUCGCCAAGCCGGUGGUGAAGAUGUCGGACGAGCAGUACUGCCCGCCGCGCUUCCCGCCGCAGCUGGAAUAUUACCAGAUCUACCGCGGCAACGCCACAGCCGGCGACCUGCUGGCCGCCUUCGAGCUGCUCCAGAUCGGCCCUGGGGGUAAAUCAGACCUGCCCCCCAUCGAUGGCCCCACAGACAUGGACCGAGGUCCCAUCCUGCCGGUGCCUCUGGGAAUUCGGCCGGUGCUGAGCAGAUACAGAGUGGAGAUCUUGUUCUGGGGGCUCAGGGACCUGAAGAGAGUGAACCUGGCCCAGGUGGACCGGCCCCGUGUGGACAUCGAGUGUGCCGGGAAGGGCGUCCAGUCUGCCCUGAUCCAGAACUACAAGAAAAACCCCAACUUCAGCACUUUGGUCAAGUGGUUCGAGGUGGACCUCCCGGAGAACGAGCUGCUGCACCCGCCCCUGAACAUCCGCGUGGUGGACUGCCGGGCCUUUGGGCGCUACACCCUGGUGGGCUCCCACACCGUCAGCUCCCUCCGCAAGUUCAUCUACCGCCCGCCCGACAGGAAAGCCCAGCACUGGAACAUGGCAGCCAAACAUCUCAACGGCUACCUGGCCAUGACCAGCAGGGCCCAUCGCUCUCGCCCCACAGGGGAGAUCGUGGUCAACAUGGAACCCGAGGUCCCCAUCAAGAAGAUGGACACGAUGGUGAAGCUGGAAGCUAAUUCCGAUGCAGUGGUGAAGGUGGAUGUGACCGAGGAAGAGAAGGAGAAAAAGAAGAAGAAGAAGAAAGGAGGAGGAGGAGGAGGCGGGGAGGAAGCGGAGGAGGAGGAGCCGGACGAGAGCAUGUUGGACUGGUGGUCCAAGUACUUCGCUUCCAUUGAGACGAUGAAGGAGCAACUCCGGCAGCAGGAAGCGGCCGCGGCAGAAGCAGAGGAGAAGGAGGAGACGGAGAUUGGAGAGGGCUCCAAGGCCCAGCUGAAGAACAAGGACAAGUCCAAGGCACCCAAAGAUGACAAGAAAAAGAAGCAGCAGCCUGUCCCUGAGCUCCCCGAGAAGAAGAACAAGCAGAAGAUCGAUGAGCUCAAGGUCUUCAACAAAGAGCUGGAAACAGAGUUUGACAACUUUGAGGAUUGGCUGCACACCUUCAACCUGCUCCGGGGGAAGAUUGGGGACAACGACGACAACGCCACGGAGGAGGAGCGGAUAGUGGGGAGGUUCAAAGGCUCCAUGUGCGUCUACAAAGUGCCGCUCCCCGAUGACAUCAGCAAGGAGGCAGGAUACGACCCCACCUUCGGGAUGUUCCAGGGGAUCCCCAGCAACGACCCCAUCAACGUGCUGGUCCGAGUCUACAUCGUGCGGGCCACGGACCUCCACCCGGCUGACAUCAACGGGAAAGCCGAUCCCUACAUCGCCAUCAAGCUGGGCAAGACGGACAUCAAGGACAAGGAGAACUACAUCUCCAAGCAGCUAAACCCUGUUUUUGGGAAAUCCUUCGACAUCGAGGCCACCUUCCCCAUGGAGUCCAUGCUGACCGUGGCUGUGUACGACUGGGACUUGGUGGGCACUGACGACCUCAUCGGGGAGACCAAGAUCGACCUGGAGAAUCGCUUCUACAGCAAGCACCGGGCGACCUGCGGCGUGUCCCAGACCUACUCCAUCCACGGGUACAACACCUGGCGUGACCCCAUGAAGCCCUCCCAAAUCCUGUCCAAGCUGUGCAAAGAGGGAAAAGUGGAUGGGCCGCACUUCGGGCCAGGGGGAAGAGUGAAAGUUGCCAACAGGGUCUUCACCGGCCCCACGGAGAUCGAGGACGAAAAUGGCCAGAAGAAGCCGACGGACGAGCACCUGGCGCUGGCGGCGCUGCGGCACUGGGAGGACAUCCCGCGGGCCGGCUGCCGCCUCGUCCCCGAGCACGUGGAGACGCGGCCGCUGCUCAACCCCGACAAGCCGGGCAUCGAGCAGGGCCGCCUGGAGAUGUGGGUGGACAUGUUCCCCAUGGAUAUGCCAGCGCCCGGCCCUGCCAUCGAUAUUUCUCCCAGGAAACCGAAGAAGUACGAGCUCAGGGUGAUCGUGUGGAACACCGACGAGGUCAUCCUGGAGGACGACGACUACUUCACCGGCGAGAAGUCCAGUGACAUUUUUGUCCGGGGGUGGCUGAAGGGGCAGCAGGAGGACAAGCAGGACACGGAUGUCCAUUACCACUCCCUCACCGGUGAAGGCAACUUCAACUGGCGCUACAUCUUCCCCUUCGACUACCUGAUGGCCGAGGAGAAGAUCGUCAUCUCCAAGAAGGAGUCCAUGUUCUCCUGGGAUGAGACCGAGUACAAGAUCCCGGCCCGCCUCACCCUGCAGGUCUGGGAUGCCGACCACUUCUCGGCCGAUGAUUUCCUGGGGGCCAUCGAGCUGGAUCUGAACCGCUUCCCCCGGGGAGCCAAGACGUCCAAGCAGUGCAGCCUGGAGAUGGUGACCAACGAGGCUGAGCUGCCCAUGAUCUCCAUCUUCAAGCAGAAGCGGGUCAAGGGCUGGUGGCCGUUCGUGGCCAGAGACGAGAACGACGAGCUGGAGAUCACCGGCAAAGUCGAGGCUGAGCUGCACCUUCUGACAGCGGAGGAGGCUGAGAAAUCCCCCGCUGGGCUGGCUCGGAAUGAGCCUGAUCCCCUGGAGAAACCCAACCGCCCGGACACGUCGUUCAUCUGGUUCCUGAACCCGCUCAAGUCCAUCAAAUACCUCAUCUGCACCCGCUACAAGUGGCUCAUCAUCAAGAUCGUGCUGGCCCUGCUGCUCCUCAUCAUGGUGGCCCUGUUCCUCUACAGCAUGCCCGGAUACAUGGUCAAGAAGCUGCUGGGAGCAUGAAGGGCUGGAGCCUCUCCCGUGUCCCCAGCCCCAGGCACAACCUUCCCAGCUCCUGUCCUUCUCCUCCCCGUGACCUCUGGGCAGCCCUGGGGGCAUCUCCUCCCUGCUGCUGCUGCUGCUGCUGCUGGGUCUCCUCUUUGCAUUCCUUCUCUGUGGGUCCCACUCAGGCUUUAGUGCCAGGGGAAUGGGGUGGGAGCAUGGCAAAGAUCCCCAGACUCUGCCUCCCGCACCGGGGCUGGGAGAAGUGCCCAGUUGGCUCCUCUGAGAGUCUCCGAGGCCUCUGCCCGUUGGGGUCGUGGCUGGCACCUUCCUGGGAAUCAGGGGAAGGAGAGGGGAGCUGGGGCUGCACCACUGGAGCUGUGGGAGUGCUCUAGAAAGGCUCCUUGGAGGGAUAUUCGGAAUCCAGGAUGGAGAAAGGAGCUGGGAUGCAGCAGCUGGGGACGUGCCAGCCUCAUCAGAGUGAGGGCACAGAGCAUCCCCAGUGCCUGUCCCCACUGCCAGCACCAUCCCCACUCCACUGGGAGCUCUGGAGGUCACAUUCCCUGUCACAGGGAUCUGUCCUACCUCGGGAAUGCUGGACAUGGUGCCCAGCAGUGAGGACACAGAGCAUCACCAGUGCCUGUCCCCACUGCCAGCACCAUCCCCACUCCACUCACAGCUCUGGAGGUCACAUUCCCUGUCACAGGGAUC